AUGCCCAUUUCUCUGACAUUACGUAUUCAUAUUGCUCUUCUUAUCUCUCUAACCGCUCUCAUCUGCCCCAAGCGAUGCACAUCGCAUGCCUCACUUACGCUAAGGCUAAUACACUCAAAAUCAAUCAAAACCCAAGAAGCACCAAACAAAAAAACUGGUUACUUAAGUCCCAAGACAAUCCCCGCUUCUCCUCUAGAUAACUUGUGGACCACGGAAACAGCGGAUAUGGUCUCACAUGUCACUCCUAUUCCGAAUCCAGCAUCAUUCCUCGCAAAUAUUUCUAUCGGCAACCCACCGAUCUCGCAACUCUUACUUAUAGACACAGGUAGUGACCUAACUUGGAUUCAGUGUCUUCCUUGCAAAUGUUACCCUCAAACAAUUCCCUUUUACCACCCUUUAAGAUCUUCCACUUACCGUAACGCCUCCUGCGAAUCCUCACCACACGCCAUGCCUCGAAUCUUUCGGGACGAAAAGACCGGAACUUGCCAAUACUACCUCCGUUACCGGGACUAUUCAAGCACCAGAGGCGUAUUAGCCGAGGAAAAGCUCACACUUCAAACAUCCGACGACGGUUUGAUCUCUAAACAUGGCAUUGUUCUUGGAUGCGGUCAAGACAACUCCGGUUUUGCUCAAUUCAGCGGCGUCCUUGGUUUAGGACCCGGUAAAUUCUCCAUAGUAACCCGCAAUUUUGGUUCUAAAUUCUCUUACUGCUUUGGCAGCUUAAUGGAUCCGACUUACCCUCACAACAUUCUCAUCCUCGGAAAUGGCGCCAAAACCGAAGGCGAUCUAACGCCCUUACAAAUAUAUCAAGACCGUUACUACCUUGACCUCCAAGCAAUCUCCCUCGGAGAAACACUUCUCAAUAUUGAACCCGACGUUUUCAAAAGAUAUGGUUCUCAAGGAGGAGAAGUUCUCAGGCGCGUGCAAGAUUGGGAUCAAUACACGAAUCCUUGCUACGAAGGGAAUAUGAAACUUAGUCUCUACGGAUUUCCUGCGGUCACGUUCCAUUUUGUCGGCGGUGCUGAACUAGCAUUAGACGUUGAGAGCUUGUUCGCUAGUAGUGAAAGUGGAGAUAGCUUUUGCUUGGCUAUGAAUAUGAACUCGUUCGAUGAUAUGAAUGUGAUUGGUGCCAUGGCUCAGCAGAAUUAUAAUGUUGGUUUUGAUCUUAGUAACAUGAAUGUGUUUUUCCAAAGAACUGACUGUGAGCUUCUUGAUUCUUAA